GCUUAUUUUAAACUUUUAUAACAGUAAUAUUGAAGGAGCCAAGAAUUGAUAAAAAUGUUCAACAUAGAGUUAGGUCAUUGGAAUUACCUUAGCAGAUUAUUAAUUAUACUUCGAAGAAAAGCAAUUAAAAAUGUACCAGGAAAGUGUGUGGCACAGAGGCAGCGAAAAUGCAGUAAUGCGAGUGAUAAAUUGUUAAAUGCUUCAGAAGGCGAUACGCCCGCACCCAACUACGACCACACCGUCCUUGUCUUAGCUGCUACUCUUACAUUGCAAAGAGAUCUUCGUCUUUGCUAUAGUUACAAUUGUGGUAUGUGUGAUACGAGGGGUCAUUCGUCAAAUACGGAUCAUUUGUCAAAUGCGCUUCCUGAAAACCAAAUCGAUGUGAUUAUUUUAGGACAUCCAUCCUUCCUCCAACACCCGCCGCAAUCAAUUUAG